AUGAGCGUUCAGGCGCCUCCCGCGAAAGCCGCAGAGGCUCAGAAGCCGAUCAAACAUGUCGACCUCCUCCCGGACCAGCUCUCCCUGCUCUACGCCAACCUGCAUCCCGUCCUGCUGCUGUCCCUGAUUACCUUCAGCUUCAAGAGCUUAGUCCGCGAUCCUGUCAAUACCCUCCUGGGCCUGGCGCCGACGCUCCUCAUUGUCCAAGCCAUCUACUGCAUAGUAUGCCUUCCCUCAUCCGGACAGACGCCUCCGUCGGCGCAUAAGCCCGGCCAGAAGAAAAAGGCCGUCAAGCCCGCUCAGGAUAUCUGGGCGAGGUUCGUGGUAGGUCACAUCUCCUUCCUAUGCCUCGAUUCAAGCAGAGUGCUAAUCAUCACGGUCUCACAGCCUGCCUUCCUCUCCUUCGUGCUUACCUUCUUCCUCUCCGCCCCGCUGCUCUACAUCAUCGUCAUCCUCUUCGGCGCUCCGCUCGUUUCGCACCAUCUCCAGACGCUGCUCCUGGCGCUCCACAUGGCCCUUCUGACUACGCCUCAUCUCUAUUAUGUGCAUGGACUAGAAGUCUCGACAUGGCUGCGGAUCGCGAGCUUGCAACAGCCUGUGGAUGAGAUAUAUGGAAUGUCGUUAGGCGCCUGCGUAGGUGCUUGGAUUGGAGCUAUCCCCAUACCUCUGGAUUGGGAUCGAGAGUGGCAGAAAUGGCCUGUCACUAUUGUGUGCGGGCUGUAUGCUGGAGCGGUGAUUGGUAAGCUCGUUGGAGGAUACUUGCUCAAGGGCAGCAAGAUGAAGAUGAGCUAG